ACACAUAGUACUUACCAACUAUCCACAGAAAAUAUACUUGGAAAAGACAACAUUUACAAACAAAAUCCAAGAUAUUUAUUUUAUGAUGGCUAGAAGAAAAAUACGACUUGCAUGGAUUGAAAACAAGACAGCAAGAAAAGCGAGUUUCAGGAAAAGGCGAGCAGGGCUAUUGAAGAAGAUGAAAGAACUCAUAACCCUAUGUGGAAUUAGUGCUUUCAUCAUCAUCAACAAUCCUGACGAGUUGGGUCCUCCAAUAAUUUGGCCAUCAAUGGAGGAGGCCCGUGAGCUCUACCAGCGAUUUAGAAGUGUACCUGAUGUAGAGAGGUGCAAGAAGAUGAUGAACCAAGAGGAUUAUCUACGAGAGCGCUCUGGGAAAAUGGAGGAACAGAUUCGGAAGUACCACAAGCAAAACCAGGAGAACUUAACCUCACACAUCUUAGCCCAAAUAUUCGGUCAAGGCAAGCCCCUGACUGAGCUCAUGUCGAAUGAACUCGAUAGUGUCAUUUGUGUGUUGGAGAAUUAUUUAAAGGAGGUUAAGAUGAGGAUCCAUUAUUAUAAUCUGAUGGUUGGUAAUCAAUCACCUGGAAGCUCCUCUAAUGUCCCUCCUCCACUCAUUCCUGACCAAUCUAAAGGAAAGGAAGUAUCUUGGGAGUCUUGUUUCUCUGGGAUCCUAGUUAAUAAUAAUAUUAACAAUGUUCUUCUGAUGAAUAACGUGGAGAAGCAAGUGCCAGAUCAUCGUCAAUAUUUUGUUGGUGGUACUAGUCACGGUUCUACCUUUUUCAGUAUUGCUGCUAAUAAUGUUGUUUAUCCUAAUUAUUAUGGUUUAGGGAGAAAUUGCAGUACAACUGGAUUUCACAUUCAACCAUAUAUGAUGAAUAAUCAAAAUUUAUUUGGCCAUGCUAUCUCUAAUGACCAAAAGGAUUUGGUUAAUUUUUCUCAGCAAGUGAAUUUUGAAGGAAGUAGCAUUACAUCGUCUCAACCAGAUACUCAUUUAGGGCAAAUUAAUCUUGAAUCUGGUAGAGUUAAUUAUGAACAUGUGGAAAUGGAAGUUCAAUCUGGUCAAGGUGACAUUAUUAUGGCUGAGAAUCACAACAAUGGAGAUAAUACUGGUAAUAUUACUAGUGUUAAUAUUGUUGAUGGAAAGAAACCUUAGUUUGGGGCCCUAUUGGAAAGAAUAUGCUAGAUUUCUCUAAUGAAUAAAUUGUUAUUCCUAUUUUAAAAGGUUGUAUUUAAUUUCAAUCCAUUAUAUGGGAAAUAUCAUUGUAAUAAGAUAUCUUUUUCAAUAGAAAAUGAGAUAAUAAUAUUCAUAUUGGU